AAUGAGCUGAAACUGAAGGAGGGUCGCCUGAACAAAGGACAAGAUGACGACGACGACGACGACAUCGUUUGCCCUAAGUUUCCUUUUCCUUCUAAUAACAAUACCAUCAUCGAAUUCCACGAAGCCCAUCUCGGCCGUCUCCAGUUCGAACGGCACCGCCAAUAAAAACGUCCAAAUGGACAAACUACCGCCCCCGGACCGGGAAAAACGCGACCACGAGAAUUAUGACACGCACGUCGGCGAAGUUCAAGGCGACGGGGCGCCGCCGCCCCCCGAAACCGCCACGACAAGUCAACGGGUAACGGAAAGUGACGGGAACGGUGCGCGUACCGUGAGUAAUUCCGGGCGACAAUUAACCGACGGAAAAACGGCGGAAAAUUACGAUGGCGAUGGCGAAAAAAUUAAUGGGCGUCACGAGAAAAAUGGACUCGGUAAUGAAAUAAACGGCGGCCCGAUUAGGAAGGAAUCGCUCAAAGGAGAAGCCGUUGCAGCACCAGGAUUAAAACCUAACGUGGUGAAAAGGACAUCAAUUCCAAACGUGCAACCUCCGGUAAAUAUUAAGGAAACAGAUUAUCCAGACAAGGGCACAAAGGACCUUCACAGAAAUGUCUCGGGUGGACAAAUUGAGGCACCCACACCCCAGCGUUUCAGCAGGUACAUGCAAAUUUAAAAUUGCUUCAGCAUGUUCAUGUUUGACUGAGAACGAAGUAUGAAAGUGUUCUUUGCGGCUAAUUUGUCGGAAAACACUUUACUUACGAAUUU